UAUUCAAAUAAGAAAUACCGUCAAAAUGGUGAAUAUUACAGAGAAGAUCAAGGAGAUCGAGGAGGAGAUGAGGAGGACCCAAAAGAACAAGGCAACUGAAUAUCACUUGGGUUUGCUGAAAGGAAAGCUUGCACGAUUAAGGGCCCAGCUCCUCGAGCCUGGACCAGGUGCUGGUGGAGGAGGUGGAGCCGGAUUUGAUGUGAGCAAAAGUGGCGAUGCACGAAUAGCGCUUGUUGGAUUCCCCUCUGUGGGAAAAUCGACCUUCUUGUCCAAGAUCACCAAGACGAAAUCAGAAGUUGCAGCGUACUCUUUCACGACUUUGACAGCUAUUCCUGGCGUGCUAGAGUAUGGCGGAGCGGAAAUCCAGAUUCUAGAUCUCCCGGGUAUUAUCGAGGGAGCUUCCGAGGGGAAGGGAAGAGGGAGACAGGUCAUUUCUGCGGCGAAGACUAGUGAUAUGAUUUUGAUGGUCCUAGAUGCUACGAAGAAGGCUGAGCAGAGAGCACUUUUGGAAGCGGAGUUGGAGGCUGUCGGGAUUCGGUUGAAUAGAGAACCUCCGAAUAUCUAUCUGAAGCCAAAGGCAGCUGGAGGUAUGAAGAUUACCUUCCAGAGCCCGCCGAAGAAUAUCGACCAGAAGAUGGUCUAUAACAUCCUCCGGGAUUACAAGAUUCUGAACUGCGAAGUGCUGGUUCGAGAUGAGAACGUGACGGUCGAUGACUUCAUUGAUGUGAUUAUGAAGGAUCACCGCAAGUACAUCAAAUGUCUCUACGUCUACAACAAGAUAGACAGCGUGUCUCUGGACUUCCUCGACAAGCUGGCACGUGAACCACAAACUGCGGUCAUGAGUUGCGAGCUGGAUUUGGGCAUUCAGGAUGUGGUGGAGAGAUGUUGGCAGGAACUGAAGCUGAUUAGGAUUUACACGAAGAGAAAGGGGGUGGACCCGGACUUUUCGGAAGCUCUUAUUGUAAGGAAUAACAGUACGAUUGAGGAUGUCUGUGAUCACAUCCACAGGACGAUGAAAGACACCUUCAAGUAUGCUUUGGUUUGGGGGGCCAGUGCGAGGCAUAUCCCACAGCGGGUGGGUUUGGGACAUGUCGUUGCAGAUGAAGAUGUGGUUAGUAUUGUGAGCAAUUAUAGGGCAUAAAGGAAUGAAUGGAUUUGGAGUUGGGCGUUCAUCUUGGAUUACGCAUAGCAUCAGCAGACUAGAUCCAAGCACAAGCGUCACUCUCUAAACAGCAUGCAAGAAUAACAGAAGUCAUAGGAAGCUAUCAUC